CACCGGUUUCUUCAUUUCCAGAAUUCAACCUUCCCUCAGGGGAUGAUCUAGAUACGAUAUCGAUAGUAAAUUCUCUGAAGCAGAGGAUGAAAUACGAAGGAUUGUCUCAGACGAAAGUAGCGAGAUCUCUUGGUAAAGGACAAGCGACAGUUUCCCAGAUUUUAAACAAUCCCAAGCCUUGGGCUAUGCUGACAGAGAGAGGUAAAGACACCUACAGACUACUCAAACUUUGGCUAGAUCAACAAAUGUUGAGUGAAGGAGAAGAAGGUAAAACCGCAUCUUACGACGAACGUUUACAAAAACUAGCUUCCGUAACCGGACUACCCAUUGACCAGGUACAGAAGUGGUUAUCGUUCCAUUCUCAAGACGUUACAUCACCCCACAACGGUAACGCUAGUCUCUGCGACAGCUUCAACAUGAAGCCUGAUAUUGAGAACCAUACCUCACCUCUUUUUAGAGACUCUCCAAAGAACGACAUGUUGCUGGAUCUUACUCGCAUUCGCCUCAAAGAAGAAGAUAUAUUGGACCUGUUCAAAAGAGCUCCCGACUGCGAAGCAACAGAGAUCUGCACCCAGUACGCUGAACGAGUUAACUUGUGGAUAGCACGUGGGCAACUUCCUCUCGACAGAGGAGAUCAGCGGGGAAGUGAGGAGGGAGAUCGAGAAACAUUCCAUCUCACAGGGAAUGUUCAGUCAGAAAAUAUUGAGGAGAAAACAGGCUACUUUGUCAGAGGCACUAUGCCACCCCAAGCCGUGGGGACGACUAUCAGACCGAGGAAAGCUGAUCUACUGUUUCAUGAAGCUGUGGUUGCUUCUCCCGGACGAGCGAAGACUUGCUCCUUUCAAGGAGGAAUCUCUCCAGAGAUUCAGACAGAUCCCAACUCAGGCUAUACCAGUCUUAGAGCACGAGUUUAAACUCUACAAAGGAGCACCCCCCAAGAUGGUCAAGGAAAAGCUUGCGGAGGAUCUAGGCUUGGAGUACUGCACUGUAACCAAUUUCUUUUCUCACUGCCCUUCAUCCAACUCUCUCUUUAAAAACGAUGUGACAUACAGUUCGUGCCUGCCCACCAUGGUGAAGUACCCCUCCCCAAUGGACACCCUGCACAGCUUCAAACCUGACUUCCACCCCCAACUACCCCCUCUGAGCCCAAUGGGCCGGGUACCGGGGCUCAGUCCUCUACACACUCUCACUGCUCUUCAUAGCCAGGAGCUACAGAACGGCUUACUUGGACGAUCCAAAUCGUUCUUAUUAGACGCAAACAAAGAACUGGACACACUGAAGAUUGUCGCUGCUCUCAAGAACAGACUAAGACUAUUAAACAUCUCCCUACACACCUUUAUUGACAGCGUUCUGUUGAGGAAACACAAUGGCACCAUGGUGACCCUGAACGAUCUGCUGCUUCACCCCCGACCCUACAUUACACUAAACCCGCACCAGAAGGAAGUGUUCCUCACCAUCAACCACUGGCUGGAUAGACAACCGGCUGAACAACUCGCUUCUAUCUCAGCUUUCAAGCCUUUCGACUCGUUGUUGUUCAGCAGCAUGGAGAUGACAGAGAUUCAGAACAUCAUCUCCGAGACUCACAAGUUUCUGAAGCAGUAUAAUCUAUCACAGGACAGGUUUGCUACCAGAGUACUCUCAGUCAGACCGGAGGUGUUGCAGGACCUUUUCAACUCAGCUCCCCGGACCUGGACCCAGCUGACUCACGAGCAGAGGAACAUCUGCCACAUCCUGAGGGAGUGGAUUAAUGACAAGGACAAGUUCGCUCUCUUCCUCGACAGCCAGGAGAGCAAGUCUCCUAAAGUGUCCAGAACGUCUCCCUUGCCCAGUGGUAGUAGAACCGGGAGUGCAGCUAACCCCUUUAUCUUCCCCAACACUUCAAUGGUAAAAACGACACUACCAGUGAUAACAUCCAGCCUGCCUCUUAGUUUGAGCAGUGGAGUCUGUCUUAACAGUGGAGUCAGUACUCCCUCCGUCCGCAGUCCACCUACAACUAUCAUCCAGACUCUCGCUACAUCCUCCACCAGUGUACCUGCGUUUAAACUGGGAGAAGAAGGAAGAGAAGAAGGAGGUUCCACGUCUCCCUCUAACGGCACUGUAAAGUGCGAGCAGGGCAGCUCACCUAUGGAGACCUCUCCCAGCAAGAUCAACAGCUGUCCUAGGGACUUCUCUCCUAAGUCGGACAAGUCAGAUGGAGGAGGAUCAGUAUCCUAUCCCAGCUACACGGAGCAGACGAGAAGUGUAGGUUCCCAGAAGUACCCAAGGCAGGAGUGUUGUCAUGAAGCUUUCCACGUAAUGUUACAGCACGUCCGCGAAACCAGCUCCAAGAAUCUCAUGCUUUGCAAUCACCUGGAGCAGAUUUAUAAACAUUUAGCGCCCGUCAAAAGAGAUCGGACAUGGACUUCCCCAAAUACUGAGACUGACCUGGACAACCCAAUGAAGAGAAUCAGGAUGUCGUCCCCUAACAGCUGAAGAAAACAACACUGCAACAUGUAGACAUUCUACCCCUGGAACUAACCAGCUGAUGACAUCACAUGAUCUGAAUUGAUGACAUCAUCAUCACGACGUGAUCUGGACAAUAUGACAGCUUUUUAAGACUGUAAUAUGAACUGAGAAGUGAGAAACUCUGAAAAUACGAAGAAGAAACUUUGCGCGCGAAAUUCUUUGUUGUAUUAUACAGUAGUGUGAUAAGAGAGAUAACGUUAAGUUAUUGUUGUUGUGAAGUAUAUUGGCUGGACUAUACGUAUAUUGUAGGGGGUUGUCAUGGUGCCCCCCCCCCCUAUAUUGCGGGGGUUGUCAUGGUAACCCCCUAAAUUGCCCACUUUAUCACAUCUUAACGGUGGUCUUCUUUGCUCAAUGAGCAUUUUGUAUACCUCGUCCUUACCGGUCACAGUAGAUUUACUCAAAAUCAUCGCUAUCAUAUUGGAAUUAUCACUGAACGAUUUGGCUCCCAAAACAUGGUUAAUUUAUGACACUCUGAAAUGCGAUGAUACUCCACGUGUGAGCGAUGAUUUUGUUAAUUUAGAUUGGGUAAAACACUCGUUCUAAAUGCUGUAAAGGGCCAUUCGGACGGGGUCUAAGUUCAUAAAUAUUGGGCUCAUAUUUUGAAUAACUGUUUUAUUAAUAUGUUUACAUCCUUGUUUUGUUAGAGCUUACCAUAUUUGGAGUGGUAACAUGACCAUAUAAGGACUUAUAGCAUAGCACCCAUAUAAGGAGCGACAUUUUAUCUGAAAGUUUGACAAGUCACGGUACUGACUGUGUAUCACGUGAUAUUUUGACAUUUUCUGUAGUGUUGAUUGUAGUGUUGUAUCAGGAUUUGCUUAUAGUCAGUUAUAUCUUAAUGACCAUGUAAGGAAUAUUUGUUGACCAUUUAUGGAGUGAGCUGUGACUUUCUUCAUACUUACGAUAUGCAGGUUUAGGCUAGUUUUUGACGUCUCUUUUAUAAUAAUAAUAAUAUUGUCAUUAUUUAUUUAUUUAACAUUUAUCGUAGAGAUGAUUUGCAAGAGCAUUCUGGUGUAGAAGUGAACACAGUUUAUUAUAUUUAUCAAUUUAUUUAUCAUAGAUGAAAUUACUUUUUCCAGAAAAUGUGAGAUUGUUGAUAAUUUGCCAGGGGGUUAUAGAUAUAUUUGUUAUCCGCAUUUGGACUUGUAACAUGACCAUAUUAGGACUGAUAGUGAUAACCAAGGAAUUCUAGAUAUAUUUGCAGUGUAGUAGUACAUAGUGUUGCUUGACGAAUUUUUACGGCAGUUUUGAACUUCUAGAAUAUUCGGUUAAUUUUCCGCGAGAAUUUUGAAUUUUUAAAUUUGUAAGACACGACAGGUCUAUAUGGUUUAUUAUUUGACACAAUAUUGCAAUUAUUUUAACGAAGCUGUACAGUUGACCAUAUGCAGCUAGGUGAAGGGUUGUUUAGAAUCUGACAAGGUCCAAUCAUUAACUACAGCACUUCUGGUUCACCCUAACUACCGGGCUCUGUUGUCAUAACAACCGUGCCUUUAAGCCGAACUAUGCUAUUAAUUAAUUAAUUGGAUAAUUAACAUGCUGAUGAUUAUUUAAUAUAUGCGUGUUUGUACGCUGUAUCAUUGAUUUUCAGAAAUUU